AUGAGUAAUCUGCUCUGCGGGAAGCUGGAGGCAUGUUUUGGGAUCUGCCUCCCGGCGAGUCAGCACCACGACAUCUUCAGCGGCAGGCCUCACCACGUCUGCAACAUGGCUCCGACCAAGAUCAAGAACUGUGCUCUCCACGAAGGCGACUUCGGCAAAAAGGGCUCCAUAGUUAUCUGGGACUAUGUUCAUGAUGGGACUCACAAGGUGGCCAAGGAAUUAGUCGAAGACAUCGAUGAUGUGAACUUUUCGACCACUUUCAAGGUGGUCGAAGGCGAUCUUAUGAAGGAGUACAAGGAGUUCAAGAUUGUUGUCAAGGCAACUCCCCUCUGGAGUACGAGAAGCAGAACGAGGAUGUCCCCGAGCCCUUCUCCCUUAUGA